AUGAGACGAAAAGAGGGCGGGAGAAACGGUCAAUAUAGCACUGGCGAUGGAAGACAAGAAAUGCCGUCUCGGUUCAUUUUUGACAAGAGUCUUGGCUCUGUCCAGAUGUGUACUAGUGGCAUGGCUGCCCUUGGUCAACAUGCGCCUAGUACUGUGGACGGCGUGAAGAAACGCUCAACGCUUUUCAAUCAAUCAGAUGGCAUCGAGAAUCGUGGCUGGCGAAACUCAACUACAGUCCCUGUUGUCAACAGAAAUCUUUGCGAUGGUAUCACGACCCAACUGAACUACAAUGCCUCGCUGCACAUGAAUUCGCUGUACGACUCUAGUUGCCGGCCAAUGCUGCACCAAGACAUGAUGGCACGCAUACUAGAAAAGCGGCACUCCUCACCUUCCAAGCCAAGCCGUCGGCCUCUCAAACACAUGGCUAAUAAAACUGCGCUUGGUGGUGCCGAUGUUGCCGCCGGCGAGCGCCAAGGGAGGCCAAGUCUCUGGGCACGAACAUACGUUCCCUGUGACAAACAUCGGGAAGCGUUACGCAAGCUACAAAAAGCAGCCGGUGGCCUAAAUCGGGUUUUAACCUCGACAUCUUGGACUGCGACAGCGGAUGGUGGGGAUCUUUUGCCAGGCUCAGCGGAGAUUUGGUCGGUGCCAAGGCCCGGUUGCGCAAUGAACAGGCGCCAAGGUGCGAAUUAUAGAGAAUGCCAAGCCUAUUUCUGUGCGCCAAGACCUGAGACUUGUGCCGACAAUCCUCCAGAUGUUGAGGGAUGGUUGACCUUGGAUUGGCGGCCGGAAAUAUUGGCGCAUCGAUAUUUGGGGUUGUCAAACGGGUUCGCAUUAAUACGGGUUUCGACUUUUUAUUCAAUGUUAUUCAAUGUUGCCAUAUGCGAUGCAAAAGGAAAGAGCUGCAGCCAAUCCGGCUCGGUCCGAGGGUGGCUCAUGCGCCUCACGGUUCGUCGCUCAGAACCGGCCGUGAUAUCAAAAAGUCAAUUUGUGUCUGGUCCUGUGACUACAAGUCAAGUCCGUGCCGUGCAGAUGGCCCCACGUCGACCGAAGGCCCUGCCCUCGCUCGCAGAUGUCUUUCUGAUGCAGGAUGUGUUGGUGAUGGACAUCGGCAAUUCAGUGCCGCUGCUUUUUGGCGCAGAUGAGCAAAUGCAUGUGCGCAGGGAUCGUUGGGAAAAGCCAUCAUCGAUCCCGUCCCACCAACCAAACAGGCGCGAUCGUGAUCCAUGA